AUGGUGGGGCCCAAGCCCGCCGCCGCUGCUGCCGCGGAAGAGCGGCAGAGAAAGCUUCAGGAGUACCUAGCAGCCAAGGGAAAACUGAAGAGCCAAAACACCAAGCCUUAUCUAAAAGCCAAGAAUAAUUGCCCAAAUCUACCACCUUCGAAAUCUACUAUUAGACCCCAAAAGGAUAUUACCAACCAUGUUGUUUUGCCUGUCAAAGAUAAAAGGUCUGUUAGCAUUAAACUCCAGCCCAGACCAGCCAAUAUUACAGGGUGCCAGAAGCCUAAGUUGGAGCCACCAAAACUUCUAGGCAAAGGGCUGAUUUCAAAAUAUGUUUCUUCUAACUCAAACUGUAAGCCUUCUAGCAAGAGUCAUCAGCAGCAUGAAGCUAGAUCAUCCACUGUGGGUGAACUGUCAAGAAAACCCGUGGGGUCACUUAAAAUACAGGAAGUGAAAACUACAAAACAACAGGUAAUAGAUCAAGGAACUGCUAAAUGUACAGACUCUGUGGACAGCACUCAUGUUGAAAACGAAUCUUUGGAUAAGUUUCUAAAAGAGAUAAAUAAAGAGAACUUACCCCAAACCUUAUCAAAUCCUGAGAGGAAGCCAGAUCCUGAAUUAUGUACCAUAAGUAAGCCAAAAACUAACUCUUAUAAUCUAACCAAGAGCAAUUUGGCUCCUAAACAAGUCUUGGGCAAAAGUUCAGUUAAUAGUGCUGUUCCGAAAGACAGAAUUAAUAAACAAUUUGUCGGAGAAACGCAAAUCAGGAUUCUGUCCAUAAAAUCACACCAACUCUCGAGAGGAACAGAUCUUGCAAGACUAGGAAAAAAAAACCCAAGGACAGUUCCCUCUCACUUUAAUCAGACCCUUGGUAAGACUCAAUCAUCAAAGAAACCAGUGGUCAAGGAGAUAAAGGUAAUUAGGAAUAAAUACAAAAGACCAAAUGAAACUAAGUUACGGUCAUACCCUGUUGCUGAACAGAAAGUAAAACAUACCAAACCCAGGACAGACCCCAGUUUGCUUCAGGGAGGAAAUAACAACAGGCAUCCAAACAUCAAGCAAGAUCACAAAUCCACUCAACCUUGCUUUAGACCUCAAACAUGUGUUCUGCAAAAAUCAAAAGCCAUGAGCCGGAAACAUGAUGUGACAGCUGGCAGUUGUAAUUCAGUCAUUCCACGCACCCCUAGCAUAAGAGCAAAUGGAACCAAUGGUAAUAAACGUGGCAACAGCUUUCAACAGAAAGCACACACUUUGGACUGCAAGUUGAAAAAGACUCUUCCCCAGAACCAUUUUCUGAACAAGACAGCUCCCAAAACUCAAGCUGGUGUCACAAACAUAAAUGGAAGAAGAGUCCCAAAUGAGACCCAAACGAAUCCAAAUAUUAAAAAGAAGGCAACAGUAGAGGAUCGAAGGAAACAACUGGAAGAAUGGCAGAAAUCUAAGGGGAAAAUCUAUAAACGGCCUCCUAUGGAACUUAAGACAAAAAGGAAGGUAAUAGAGGAAAUGAAUAUUUCAUUCUGGAAGAGCAUUGAACAAGAAGAGGAAGAAAAGAAAGCACAACUGGAACUGUCCAGUAAAAUUAACAACACUCUGACAGAAUGUCUGAAGCUCAUUGAAGGGGGUGUACCUUCUAAUGAAAUAUUUACCAUAUUGUCCAGCAUUCCUGAGGCUGAAAAAUUUGCUAAAUUUUGGAUCUGCAAAGCAAAGUUGUUGGCAAAUAAAGGCACCUUUGAUGUUAUUGGGCUAUAUGAAGAGGCCAUUAAAAAUGGAGCAGCACCUAUAGAAAUUGUUAAAUUGCUAAAUCUUACUUUCCUUCCUGACUUUGCAUACACAUGAAUUGUUUCUGACUCUUUAGUUGCUGAAACUAAUAUAACAUCAGUGGAAGAACUGGCCAAGAAGAUGGAAUCUGUAAAGUCUUGUCUUUCUCCAAAAGAGAAGGAACAAGUUAUAGCAACACCACAAAUAACCAAAGCAGAACAAGAUAAUCAUCCUGGUAUCAAAUUACAGAUUGCUCCAAUCCCUAGAAUAAAUGGAAUGCCAGAAGUGCAAGACAUGAAGCUUAUCACUCCUGUUCGGCGGUCAGCAAGAAUCGAGCGAGCGGUGUCCCGCUACCCAGAAAUGCUGCAGGAACAUGAUUUAGUAGUGGCUUCUCUUGAUGAACUAUUAGAAGUGGAAGAAACAGAGUGUUUUAUAUUCCGUAGAAAUGAGGCUUUGCCUGUAACAUUAGGGUUUCAAAUCCUUGAAUCAUAA